AUGAUGAGUACAAAUAAUGGGGAUAAUAGUGGAAGUGAAGACAGUGAUGAUGAUGAGAAUGGAUCAGAAAAAAGUGAUAAAACAAGUGAAAAGGAAGAUACAGAAAGUGAGAAAGAUGACACAGCAAGUGGAAAAGAUGGCUCAGCAAGUGAGAAAGAUGACACAGCAAGUGGAAACGAUGGCUCAGGAAGUGAAAAAGAUGGCACAGCAAGUGAAACUGAUAAUUCAGCCAACAAUUACACGGAAAACUCUAAUGACAACAGUCCACCAAGUAACAAAGACUAUAUUUUGAAACUCAUGAAGAAGUAUUGCAAGGAAGGCGUGGAUGAUGCAACUUUGUGUGUCUCUCUCAAUUGUGAGGAAGCAGCGGUGGGUUACGAUCCACAGGCCAUUGUGAGGCACUAUGUUUACCGCUGCAGGGAUGACCAGUUUAAGAGGCGAAGGACACCCUCUAUUCCGACUCUUCGUGCUGAACCCGCUGCUCACCAAUAUGAUGAUGUCGUCGGGUUUCAGACAAGGCCACCCCCACCUCAAAUGGUCCACCCUCCACCUCAAAUGGUCCACCCCCCACCUCAAAUGGUCCACCCUCCACCUCAAAUGGGCCACCCUCCACCUCAAAUGGUCCACCCUCCACCUCAAAUGGUCCACCCCCCACCUCAAAUGGCUCAUCCUCCACCUCAAACGUUCCAGCCUCCACCCCCUGGAGUUGAGACUACAACCCUUCCUCAAACCCUGCCCUCGCUCUCAGCAAUCGAGUCACUCAAUAUUUCUGUUGAUUUCCCAAAUCCUUUGCCUGGUGCCCAACUCCCACUUUCCACAGUACUUGGACAACAUAUGCAGGCUGGG